UCUGUCGGCGGCAAGGAGGGAGCAUGGGGUGUUUUGAAUAAUUAUUAAAAUUAGCAUGUGUCUGCGCCAUCCUGUGGGUGUGGUGCAGAGCGGAGUGUAAACUCUAGCAGGGCUGGAGCAAACAUUGGAUUAUAGGCAGCGAGCCUGCCAGGCAGAGGAGUAAAGGAGACAGGAGCGGGAGGCACACCGGGAGCAGGAUGGCUUCGUCUCAAGGGAAGAACGAGCUAAAAUUCGCCGACUGGAUGGCAACUUUGCCGGAAAGCAUCCACAGCAUCCCUCUCACCAAUUUAGCGAUCCCAGGAUCUCAUGAUUCCUUCAGUUUCUAUAUUGAUGAAGCCUCUCCAGUGGGACCUGAGCAACCAGAAACUGUCCAGAAUUUUGUCUCUGUAUUUGGCACCGUGGCUAAAAAGCUCAUGAGGAAGUGGCUAGCAACGCAGACGAUGAAUUUUACUGGUCAGCUGGGGGCCGGAAUCCGGUACUUUGACCUCCGCAUUUCUACCAAGCCCAGGGACCCUGACAAUGAGCUGUACUUUGCUCACGGUUUGUUCAGUGCCAAAGUGAAUGAAGGCCUAGAAGAGAUUAAUGCUUUCCUCACAGAUCACCACAGGGAGGUGGUCUUCUUGGACUUCAACCACUUCUACGGGAUGCAGAAAUACCAUCACGAAAAACUCGUCCAAAUGCUGAAAGACAUCUUUGGGAACAAAAUGUGCCCGGCGAUUUUUGCCCAUGAAGUGAGUCUGAAAUACCUGUGGGAGAAAGAUUACCAAGUGCUGGUCUUUUAUCACAGCCCAGUGGCUCUGGAGGUCCCCUUUCUCUGGCCUGGCCAGAUGAUGCCGGCUCCCUGGGCCAACACAACAGACCCUGAAAAACUGAUCCAGUUUCUCCAGGCAUCCAUUACUGAGAGAAGGAAGAAGGGUUCUUUUUUUAUAUCUCAGGUGGUGCUGACCCCCAAAGCUAGUACUGUGGUCAAGGGGGUGGCCAGUGGUCUCAGAGAAACAAUCACAGAAAGAGCUCUUCCAGCCAUGAUGCAGUGGGUCCGGACUCAGAAACCUGGAGAGAGCGGCAUCAACAUUGUCACUGCUGAUUUUGUAGAACUUGGGGAUUUUAUCAGCACCGUCAUCAAACUCAACUAUGCCCUUGAGGAAGGAGAAGCAGACACCACUUGAUAGUACUGUCUGAAAUGGCCAUGCAUAAAAUAGAGAAGACCAAUUGUAUUAGGCAUAUUAUCUUAGAACAUAUUGAUCUUCUUAUGCCACUGAAUCUUGGAAGUGUUUAGGGCUUAGGGUGGGUGGGAAAAGAGGGGAAACAUUUUUUUUUCAGUGAUUCUCAUCUUGAUCUGCAUCUCUAUAAAUAUUUUAUGUUCCCAUUUGAAAAAAAAAAAAAACAAACAAGUCUAUUCUUGUAUCUAGUGUUAGGGAUAGAAAAGACCAGUUCAAUGUUUAUCACAAUUAAUCAAUUGCUGUGGCUUAUAUUUAUGAGUGUCUGUUUAAUUGCAUUUUCUACUUUCAAGAUUAAGAUUCAUGCUCCACCCACCAUGCCCACCCAUCUAUCAAAGACAGCUUAGGGCAUGCAACAAUUAUAGACCUGACAUUAGAUUGAUUCAGGUAGAUGUAACUUAUUGGCUUUUGGAGACUUAAUAAAAUGUGAACGACCUGCCCAAUUUUGUAGUCAGUUGGCUGGUCAGUCACAGUCCCUAAGUUUUGACCCAACAGCAAAUAUGCAUUGACAAUAUUUCCAGCAACAGUAAACCCAAACACUACAAUUGUGUGUGUGUGUGUGUGUGUGUGUGUGUGUGAAAGGGAACAGGAUAUGCAGUAUUUCUAUUUAAGGCAGCUAUAAAUAAAGAGUCAGUACUUCUUCUGACAAAAACCUGAGUGCCAAUUCCACAGCAAAACAAAUAGUAAUAAAGAGAGAGGGAGAUGUAGAUGUGUGGAGAAUACCUUUAAAACAAUAAUGCCUGUCUUGCCAUUACCUGGAAAUAAGUCACUCCAAGUGACUAGAAAUCUGAACACUUUUCCUUCCUAUAGCUCACCUUCUAGAUAUUUCUCUGCUAAGUCAAUGAAUAUCUGAUAAAAACAAAAAUGUGCCAGUGAAAUAAAAACCCAAGUUAGCUGAUUAAUUUCAACAACUGCAAUGAAACAUAUAUGAAAGAAGAUAAAUUUUUCUAUUGUCCAUAGACUUUCCCCCAAAAGACAGGUCCCAAAUUUCAAGAAUAAAUUAAGAAGUAAUCAAUCCUAAGCAAAUCAUAAAUUCAGUCUUAGUCUUUCAAAUUAGAGGUCUCAUAUAGCUAGAGUGAUGGCCUAUAGUUUAGAGUAGUGAUUCCCAAACUGAGUUCACUGACACAUAUGAAGCAAAUCCCAUAAAUUACUGCUGAGGUUCAUUGAAAGUAAUGUUCUAGUGAUCCUAUUUAAUUGGAAUCUAACCCAUCACUCUUUCCCUGCCUUUUACCAAAAGAAUACAGAACGUCUCCACGGUCUAAAAAAGGGAAAAACUCUGGUCUAGACAGUGCAGUACCAACCAAUGGUGGUCCAGCAUUGCCUGCACCAGCAGCUUUUAAAGUAUGAUCAAAUGAUCAAAAAAAUCAUAUGAUAUUUUAGAAUGUCUUUUUCCCCAAAUUAUACCUGGCCUAAAAGGAAGCAGCCUUUUUUUUAAUUGCCUCAGCAGACCACUUUGGAGAUAAAAUUAAUAAAACUUUCUAAAUUUCUUGGAAAAAGGAAUCUGGUACUUUUGUUGAGAAGUUUGAAUUACACCUGACUCUUUGUGACUCCUUUUUAGGGUUUCUUGGCAAGAUACUGGAACAAUUUGCCAUUUCCUUCUACAGUUUAUUUUAUAAAUGAGGAAAAUGAGGCAAACAGGGUUAAGUGACUUGCCCGGGGUCACAUAGCUAUUAAAUAUCUGAGGCUAGAUUUGCACUCAGAUCCUCCUGAUCUGAGUGCUAGCCCCUAAUCCUGAUAUUAGUAAAGUGCAAUUGAAUUAUUGCAUUCAAUAAGGACCAAGCUUUCAAAGUUUGUCUGAAUUUUGAUAAUUUUUUUUUACAAGCACAGGUUACAUAUUAUAAAAACACAUUUACCUACUUCUAGGGAAUAAAAACUAACCUAGAAAAAAGAACCUGUGGUGAAGAUUAAAAAAACUGGGAACCCUGAUAACCAUAAAAGUUGUGUUUAUUUUCUUCUUUACUAAUAAAGAUAAUUCGUUUGUAUGAUUCUGGUGAAGUUAACAAAGUGCUUUCUUCACAACAACAGUGUGAGGGAAGGAGCAUAGGUAUUAGUCAGAUUAUAGUUGAAGAAGUUAAGAGAUUUGUUCAUAGUUACAGAGCUAGUGUUAGAAUCAGGAGCAGAAUCCAGCUCCCCUGAACUAGCCAGUGCUUUCUCAUACACCACUUUAAAAAAAAGAAAUUGAAAAUGGCAUAUAAGUAGGAAAGCAUAUAUGAAAAGGUGAUUAACAUUUACAUGUACAUAGCAGCUCCAUAUAUUUCUGGCCAUACACAGUAUACCAAAUAAUUGUGUACACACACACACACACACACACACACACACACACACCUUUUAUUUUCAGCCAAAAAUUUUCAUGUGAAACAUUAAGGAAGUACAGUUGACUAAAUUUGCUUUAAAAUACUGUAGAUUUAAAAUAUGUGACAGCAACUUCUUAAAAAAUCAAGAAUCUGAUUGUACUUGCUUGUGUACUUAGUCAACUAUUCUCCAUUAUUUCAGGAAGGCAAAUUAUACCCCUCCCUCAAUAUCUCAGGUUCUGGUUUCUAUUAUCUCUUUCCCCCUGAAAUAUUUUAAAAUUGGAAUAUAUAUGCAUAUGCAUACACAUAUAAAUUGAUAUUAUAUAUAAUUGGAAUCUAUUUUAAUUAGAAUACAUAUACGUACAUAUAUAAAAAUUCAGAAGUUCACUAUAAUUGACCUCUUGUUACUGAUUUCUCUGGAGGUUUUUCAGUCAAGCACACAUGCAAUGACAUAAGGAUUUCAUUUAUAAAUAUAUCAGAAAAAAUGUUUUAAUGUGUUUGAGAAAAAAAAUCAUCUAUAGUGGUAACUAUGUUGUAUCUUCUUGAGCUUCUUAACUUCAAUUUUUGCCUGGUAUUGGCUUCAUGUUGUUUGUCAUUUGGGUGCUGGAAAAUCAACAAGCAAGCCAACUACGGGUUCUCUGAAGUCUAAUUGUGCAAUUUCUUUAUGAGGGAGGAGCAGUUUUUUUUUUUUUAAUUACUUGAUAUACACAAAGAAAACUUGUUAUAUGAAACUGUUUUCGAUCUUAUUUAUUCAUUUCCAUGGGGACAUAUGGAGCAGGUAGUGUAGAGAAUUAAACUUGCCUUAAUUCCUAAGUACAGAGAAAAUGGUGGUAAGAGGCACAUGUCUUACUGAUUCAUAAAGGAUAUGUGGAGAAGGUACAUGUGACAGCUUUAAUGCUAUAGCAAAGAAUGGCACUGCCAGAAGUAAUGUUCCCUAUAUUGGAAUCUUCAUUGUUCAAAAAAAAGAAAACUUAGGUAGGAGAUCAAUCCAAAAAACAUGGCUUCUGUUGAAUUCUGCUCUCUCUCUGGGCUACUAUAUAAAAUACCAAGCAAGUUGAUUAUGAGCCUAGAUUAAAGUCAUUGAUAUACUCCCAUUGACUUCCUUGUGAGUAAAAUGCACAAGUCCUUUAGAACUGGCUCCAAAAUGAUCUAACUAGGUACAUCUUGUUGAGUUUCGUAUUUAGUUCUGUUUUCCAAAAUACAUCAAGCAUGUAUCCUGUAAAGGAUGGGAAAGGAGGACAAGAAAAAGGGAGGGAGGGAAGGAAGGAGGAAGAAAAAAAGGACAGAAGGAAAAAAAGAUAAAAAGGAAGUCAGUAUCAAAUAAUAUCAGUUCUCCAGUUUCUUUUAUCUGUAUUUUGCUAUUAUCUUACUUUUAAAGAAUCUUUAAAUGAUUCUUAGGACAUUUUUAGCCAUAUUUAGAAAGAUCAUUCUUGGUGGUAUACUACCAAAAAGGAAAAUGUUAUAGGGUAAAACAUUUUCUAUUUGUUGACUUUUUGCUUUCCCUCUGAAGUAUGUAUUGCACUCUAAUCAUUCAUUUUGAAUUCCUUGAUAUUUUAACUCCUGUGAUAAGUUUUUCUCAAGGGAGUUGACAGACCCAUAUAAUUAUAGUGAAACAUUUGAAAAGGAAAAAAAAUCAAAAAACAAUUGAAAAAUAGACUAUCACUAGGAGAAGAGAUGCCUGAGUGCCCAGUGGCAAUAGUUCAGCAUGUCUCAGCAGUUAUAAACACUGAUGAAAUAAGAUGUAUGGGAAUGACCCCAAAUUAUCAGUUUAAUUUUUUAUGUACAAAAUGAAGAUAAAUGAAGAUAUCUUCAUCUUUUCCAUUUCUAAUUCCUAUCAGGAAAGUUGGAAGUCUCAGGAAAAAAUUUCCUUUUUCGUGAAUUUUCCAUUUUCCUUGUCUACAGACCAAAGUGGCUCCUUUUGCUUUCUUCACCUUUAAGGUAAAGGGCUUGUAGAAUUCUCCUGACAAGAAUUUUAACAAGGAAAUGAUGAACAUUAUCCCUCAGGAUAUCUUCAGCAAGGUCUUCUUUCAUUCUUUCCUCUCUUAAAAAAAAAUUGUUGAUUGCAUUUUAAUCUUUUAAAACUCCUCAGUGAUGCAAAAAGCUAACUAACAGUGUGGAUGCUGAAAUUGCCAUAUCUCAGUAGUGACUACUUUGUCACAGGCAGUUUUAAACAUUGUUCUUAAAUGUACAUUUUCCCAAUGACAAAUGCUACAAUAGUCUGUAGAGUGUGUAAAAUGUAUUGACUAUAAAUCUGUUGAAAAUUGUGUAAUUUUAAUUUUAUCUGUGUCUUGUGGGUAUUGAUUCCAAAUGUGUAUGUGUGUGUGUGCAUGAAGAUGUAUGUGUGUGGGUAUGUGAACUGUGUUCUAUUUUUUAAAAGCAACUUAUCCUAAAGGAAAAGGGCACAGUGUUAAUGGCCUUAAAGUCACCACAAUUUUCAUCAAAGUCUGGUUUCAAAUUCUGCUGUUGUUAUAGACUGUCCCACUUCUCUUUUCAUACCAGAAUUAAAUUUUUGAAUUGUUGCAAAGCUUCACAAUCUCAAAUUGCAUUGAUUUCAAGGCUUCUAAAUUGCUGGUGAAACUCAUCCCAUUAAAAUAGCAAAUACACAUUGGUUUCAACUAGUGUAACAAUCCAGUUAAUCCCUAAAAUUUGUCUAAAGAUGAGGACUGCCUUCCUUGUAAUAAUACAGUUUUGAGGGAGGCUUUAUAGUACAGAGAAAAGAUCCUCUGGAGUCAGAAGACAUGAGUUCAAAAUCAGCCUCUGGAGAGUAACUACUUGGGAAGCAUCGGUCAAAUCAUUCCAUUAUCCUGGGUCUUAGUUUACUCAUAAAAGAGAGAAAAAUAUUAGUCUUGUCCCAUUCAUCCAUGUCUCUCCUCUUUCACCUUGAUGAUCUUCCCUUUUCAAAGUCAUAAUUCCUUUCCAUGCAUUACAUAUGAAUUAAUGGAUAUAGGGCCCUGCCUUCCUAUUAACCCCAAUGUUAAAGUGGAUUAUGCACAAAUUUAUUUAAAAAUGUUUUAGGACUAGUAGGGUGGGAUGAAAUGUAUUUUGGGUAAAAGUGGGGAGAUUAGGUCCAAGCCAUUAACUAGAUGGUCUUGAAUAGAAAUCUUCACUUUUCAGGACCUCAAUUUCCUCAUCUAUCAAGGUCUCUUUGACAGCUUAUGAUUUGUUAUUGUCAGGGUAGACCAACAUUCACUUAGCAUAAUUUAAAAGUUCUUUAGGAUCCAUACCCUCAUAUAUCUUCCUCUCUAGUCUGCUUAUUAUAAUUCUAGAAUCCUUAAUCAUCUCUUUAGGGUAAAACAUUGAAGACUUUGUUAAAAUGCAAAUAUGUUACCCAGGAGAGGCAAUUCAGUAAACAAUUAUCCCAUCAAUACUUUAGCUAAAAUUAGUUUGUCAGUUUACUUAUUUGAUUCCCUAGUUAUUUGAUCCCCAGAGAGAUCCAAGGUAUUUACUUUUUUUGCCUGGAAGGAGAGGAGGCUGAAAAUAUUCUAAAGAUUUAGGGUACUAGGCAGGUGAUUGGGAACCCUCAGGUAUUCAGGGGGGAAAGCACCAGGACCUGGAGCUUGGGGGUUUUCACAUGAAGAGCUGAUAUGUCCCCAGCAGACAGGGGUCCUCAAACUACGGCCAGUGGGCCAGAUGCGGCAGCUGAGGACGUUUAUCCCCCUCACCCAGGGCUGUGAAGUUUCUUUAUUUAAAGGCUCACAAAACAAAGGUUUUGUUUUUACUAUAGUCCAGCCCUCCAACAGUCUGAGGGACAGUGAACUGGCACCCUAUUUAAAAAGUUUGAGGACCCCUGCUUUGACUUCAUACUGUGUAUCCAUCACUGACCAAUGGUGGAGGUUAAGUUCCAGGUCAGUUUUUGGAAUAAUUAAUGCCAAUGGAAAUAAAACCUAGCUUGCUUCAGGAAAGUAGUUUUUUACAACCCUGCCAUUUUGUACUGAGAAACCUUGUAACUAUGUGGAAAAAAAGAAGGUUUUUGAAUGUUCUUGGAUUCUAUAUACUACUAUGGGAUACUUUAAUAGAAUGCAAACCAAAACUCCUUAAUAUUUUAUUACCAAUGCCCCAUUUUCACAUGGACUUUUUUGUCAACGUCUGAGUUAAUUUACUACAUUUCUAAUGAAAAGAUGAGUAUACAGUGCUGGUGAUUUUCUGUUCACUGGACACUAGAAACUCAGCAGAGAGAAACAGAUCUGUGCCUUCUCUUUUUAGGAUCUGGCUGUUGGUACUUUAACAAAUGUGUAGAGAAAACAAAUGCCCUACAGUUCCAUAUAGCAAAUGUGAAUUUUAUGACAAGAAUGUGUAUUUAAUGUAAAAAAAAAGUUUCUUUGUAUUCAGUGAAAUGUCUAAUAAAGCCCUGGUACCUGUCUA